GUGAGACUCUAAACUCUGCGGGAAACCUAGGGCUUAGAAAGGUGAAUUUAGACACAGGGCCUGAAAUAGUUUUCAGUAUCCGGCAGAACAAUGUACCUCUCUUAGAAAGUUACCAGAGUUAACAAACUCUUUAUAAUUGGGAGGGGCUAUUAUAAACAUUUAUCAUUUUAUGCUCCACCUGGGUCUCUUGUUCAUACUGGAUAUUUCAGAGCAGAAUCUAGACUGCCAUGGGUCCAUUCAUGGUGCAAUGCAAGGGGCACAAGAUUCUGAUUGUGGGGUUGAUUUUUCUGGUCUGGAUCAUCUAUUUCAAGAUGUCUUGGCCUGACAGCAUCAUCCCUUGGCCCCCAGCACCCCACCCUGCCUCUAAAUCUGCCUCCAAGUCCACAGAAUCUCCCUCCCUCUUGGAAUCUCUCCCCCAGGAGCUUGCCAACCUCACCCACCUUCUGUACUGGCCUCUGACCCCAGGAGAUAAGGAGGACUUUUUGGCCUCCACCAGCCCCCAGGCCUCCACCUACCACCUGAGGGGGCCUGCCCAGGCCAGCUAUGCCCUGGGAGGCUACCUGGAGGCCAUCCUUCUCGCCAGAGACCACCGGGGCAGACCCAAGACCCAUGGUGGGGAUCUGUUUCGGGCACAGCUGCUGGGUCCUAACUUGAAGGCAGGGGUCCCUGGGGAUGUCCAGGAUCUGGAGAAUGGCACAUACCUGCUGUCCUUCCCCCUGCUCUGGGCUGGGAAGGCCCAAGUGCAAGUGCGGCUGAUCCACUCCAGCGAGGCAGUUGGGGUUCUGCAAAGAAUCUGGAGAGAGAAAAAGGCCACAGUUGAUUUUAAAGGGUAUUUCCGGGGACCCACAGGAGAUGAAGAGACUGUGAUUUGCAAUGUUGACCCCCAGUCAACUGGAACAAGAGGACCUACCUGCCAGUACAGGGAUGUGGAUUCGGGUGAGCUCUGGUUCUGUGCUCAACCCCCUACCCUGCCCUGCAACUCUUUAGUUGGGCACUCAAGUGGGCGUUACCUGAAAGUGACUACACCACAUGAUGAGGCCCUGCUGGCGUGGAAAGUGACAGACAAGGUGCUCCCUCAGGGCAUUUCUCCAAUCCAGAUCAGAAUGGCAGCCCCAGGGAACAGCAACUUGGCCCUGUCCCCACGGCCCCCAUGCCGUCCUGGGCUCCCAGCCCGAAAGCCCUCUGGCUUCUACCACCAAGAAGUGUGGCACUCGCUGUCCUGCUCCAGCCGCUCCUUCUCCACUGUUGACAGCAUCCUGGGCUGCCUGGCUGGCCACGUGGUCCACAUGAUUGGGGACUCCACGCUUCGACAGUGGUGGGAGUAUCUGCAGUACACGGUGCCCUCCCUAAAGCCCAUGGAUCUACAUGCCACAUAUCAGACGGGGCCCCUAAUGGCAGUGGAGACCACUCGGAACAUAGUGCUGCACUGGCGGGCUCACAGCUGGCCUCUGCGCUCCCUCCGCACACCAGUGGCCUCCCUGCACUCUGUGGCCAGAGAGCUGGGGGGCCUGGCCGGGGGUCCCCACACCGUGGUGGUACUGGGACUGGGCGCCCACUUCACCACCUUCCCUCCGACCAUCUUUGCGCGACGGCUGGCAGGGAUCCGGGCAGCUGUGGCUGCGCUGCUGGCCCGGGAGCCCCACACUCUUGUGGUCAUCAAACUGGCCAAUACCGGCUACAAGUCUGUAUAUGGCAGCGACUGGUUCACCCUCCAGUUGAACCGGCUCCUCCGAGCUGCCUUUGCUGACCUCCGUGUGGCCUUUGUGGAAGCCUGGGAAAUGACCUCUAGCCUGGCCGUGCCCGACAACAUCCACCCAGGGCGGCUCAUCGUUCGCAACGAAGUGGACUUCCUCCUGUCCUUUGUCUGCCCCACCUGAGCGCUUCUGUGGGUUCUGCGACUGUGUGAAUGGAGACCAUAGGAAUUGUGAAGAAAACCACAGUAGUAAUGGGACCCUGCACUAGUAGUGAUUCAGAGAAAUCUUACUCCAAGAUUUACCACCUAGGGUUAAUCACUGUUGAUGUUUUGGAAACCAGCCUUGCAUACAUCUCCAUAGUCAUCAAAUAUUAGUGUGUGUGUGUGUGUGUGUGUGUGUGUGUGUGUGUGUGUGUGUAAUUUUAGAUAAAUGAAAUAAUAUUUUACGUGCCUUCUUUUUAAUUCCCUAUUUGGGAACUUUUUAUUAGUGUAAUUGUAGAUUAUGCGGUUGUAAGUAAUAAUACAAAGAUCCCUUGUACACUUUACUCAGUUUCUCCCAAUGGUAACAUCUUGCAAAACUGUAACACAGUACAGUGUCCCACCCAGGGUAUUAGUGGGUGGGACUCUUUGGAUGGCACUCAGCAGCAACAUUCACUGUGUUUUUUUUAAUCACACUUCAUAGAUACCAUGUGUCUUUAGUCUCCUUUCAUCUGUUCCUCAGGCUUUAUUUUUCGUGACUGAAUUUUUUGAAGUAUACAGAUCAAUUAUUUUUUAGAAUAUCCAUAAUUUGAGUUUGUCUGAUGUCCCAAAUGAUUUAUUGCAGGUUAUGCAUAUUUUGGCAUGUACACCUAAGUAGUGAUGUAGUGUUCUCAAUUCAUCUCACCAGGAAACAUAUGAUGUUGUUUUGUCCCAAUAUCAGUCAUGUUACUUUUAUCAUGGAGAAAAAGUGGUGUCCACUAGGUUUUUCCAUUAUAAAGUUACUAUUUCCCCUUAGCAAUUAAUAAGUCAUUCAUGGGCAGAUAGUUGAGAGUAUGUAAACCCCGUGUUCCACACAAAGCUCUCCUCUACCAGUUUUAGCACACAUUAAUGUUUCUUGCCUAAAACCAUUAUUACUUUGAUAGUUGCAAAUGGUGAUUUUUUUCAAUCCAUCUUUCCUUCUAUAUAUAUUUAUGAGUUGCCAUUCUACUGUAAAAAAGAGCUUUCCCUUUCCCCCCAUUUAUGUCUUUGUUCAUUCAUUUAUAUUAAUAUGAGCUCAUUAUUGAAUGGCCUACAAUCAAUUAUCAUUAUUUUGAUUCUCAAGUUACUCCAAAUUUGGCCAGUAAGAACCCCUUCAAGCUGCAAUACCUUUGUUAUUGAAAGACUUGUCUUCUAAACUGUUGUGCAUUGUUGGUGGGAUUGCAAAUUGGUACAGGCACUGUGGGAAACAGUAUGGAUGGAUUGGAGGGGGUGAAAUAACAGAGUAGGCAACAGCUGCUUUAUGAAGCCGGAAAAGAGAUCACUGGCUCUGUCCCAAGGUAAAUUCUUUUCUUAUUAUUUGAGUUAGGUUUAAGAUGUAGAAUGAACAUGAUGUGGUAAUCAUGUUGGAAGCAGGUGGCUGACAGCGUAGGGCAAUUGGAGUUAUUAUAUCAGAGCAGUGUUGGCGGCUUUCAGAUUUUAAGGAAGUCUGUCCAGCAUUAUAGGUACAAGGAAGCAGGGGUGGAAUUUCUAGGUGCUUGAUGGAAGUGAAGGAGGUGAGUGUGUGAUGGAACUGGGACCAAGAUCCCUAUGUUUCAAAGAAAGAGAUAAAAUGGGAGUGAGUGAGUGUAUCUGGAGUUUACUAAUAGCAGGUGAGUAACUGAAUCUCUUUCACAUACUUCUCCCUGCCUCCCAUCCUCCUUUGGGUGGAAGCAAAAAUUCUCCCAGGUGUCCUGUGUUGCUGCUAUUGCUGUAUUCCUGCUGUUGUUAUUGCUUCACAUUUUUCUGGGGCCUCACAAUUUUAAUUACACUUGCAUGUCAUAUACUUAAUCAAUCCACACAUGGACACUAUUGGAGGCAAUAAUAUGGAAAAUUGCAAUGAGACUGGUGACACCCCUCAUUUGCUCUACUGCCCACCCUGGCCCAGGGUUCUUUGCUGCUCUGAAUCAGGGAAUGGCAGAAGUUAAUGCAGAAAGUCAAAAGGAUUUUCAGUUUAUCCUCAGCUUGAUGGUCCCCCAUUCUCACCGACAGCCAGGUUGUCACUGAAUCAGGCAUUAGCUCUUUGCCACUCCCAAGACAUGCUGGGCAAUGGAAGGCCUGUUUCUCAAGCUCCAGGCCAGUUUUCCGGGGGAUACAUCUCUCUCUAACUCUAAACAAACUGAAGGAACCCUCAAGCCCAUGUGCCCCAUAUAAGUAGUCCUUUGGGCCCUUGCUCGGCUUUGCUCUAGGGCUACCUACUCCUUCUUCAGCCCCUGGUCUUUUUAAACGUGUCAACAGCCACAAAACAGUGCCUAGGAGUAUGCCUGUCUUUGCCCCAUUUAAUCCUGCACUUCUCUGGGUUCCAGCCUCAAAGAAGGAGGAACAUAAUUCUUCUAUGAAAGUACACUUUUUAGUUUGGGAGAGAUUGAGUGUGAUACACUCAGUCCCUUCUUCUCCAUGUUUUCUGGGGAAGGGAGAUGUCCACUAAUAGCAUAUGUUCUUGAUUGCAUGCUGCUGUCUUUCUGUCACGUUCUGCACGACAUGAGCAGUGGGAGAACGAGAGGGGGCGGCGAAGGGCUAAGAAAUAAAAGAAACAGCAGUCAAGAGUUAAAUGAGUAUGGGGCCAAGAGUCUCCAGCCUUGUGGACUAAGAGCCCUGAAUCCGGCCGACACCGCUUUUAUUCCUCCACCUACCCGGAAGUAGCAUUGUUCUCUCCACAGUCUGGGAGUCUCAUUCCUGAGAACUUGCUCAAGCAGAUUACCCAUGCCUGCAAGCUGCUAUUACCAAGAGUCCACCCAUGGCAAUAAGAUUCUCAAGUUACUCCAAAUUUGGCCAGUAAGAACCCC